GCGUUCAAAUCAAGCUGACCCUGCGUGGCAAACCCCAUCAUUUCCUAAACCUUUUAGGGUUCGGCUCCGCCAUUAAAAUCCACGCACCCUCUCAUUUCUCCUCCUCUUCCCCUUUGCAUCAUCGGUAGCCGAUCAGAUGGCAUUACCGAACCAGCAAACUGUCGACUAUCCUAGCUUUAAGCUCGUCCUCGUUGGUGACGGUGGAACAGGGAAAACUACAUUUGUGAAGCGCCAUCUUACUGGUGAAUUCGAGAAGAAGUAUGAACCUACUAUUGGUGUUGAGGUCCAUCCGCUGGAUUUCUUUACAAACUGUGGCAAGAUUCGAUUCUAUUGUUGGGAUACUGCUGGUCAGGAGAAGUUUGGUGGUCUGCGAGACGGAUACUACAUCCAUGGUCAAUGUGCUAUUAUCAUGUUCGAUGUGACUGCAAGGAUGACAUACAAGAAUGUUCCCACAUGGCACCGGGAUUUAUGCAGGGUUUGUGAGAAUAUCCCUAUUGUUUUGUGUGGCAACAAGGUUGAUGUCAAGAGUAGGCAAGUUAAAGCAAAACAAGUUACAUUUCACAGGAAGAAGAAUCUCCAGUACUAUGAGAUUUCAGCAAAGAGCAAUUAUAAUUUUGAGAAGCCAUUCCUUUAUCUUGCCAGAAAACUUGCAGGGGACCCUAACCUUCACUUUGUCGAAUCACCUGCACUGGCACCUCCUGAAGUUCAGAUUGACUUGGCUGCACAGCAACAACAUGAAGCCGAGCUUGCAGCUGCUGCUGCUCAGCCUCUUCCCGAUGAUGAUGAUGACCUGCUUGAUUAAAUUUGUUGGUCCAAUACUACAAAAUAGUGAGCUCUACAUAGUAGUUGUCUUGUGUUUUGAACCAUUGCUUGGAGUUGCAUUAGAAUUGACGUUGGAUACUUCAAUUAGUUGAUUCAAGCAUCUUUCUUUUUUAUUUGGAGCAAGUAGUGGUGUUCUUGAUGCUGGUUUUCUACCAAUCGUUUGUAUCAAAUGAGAAGAAAAUGUUGCCAGGUUUCUGCUAGCGAGGUUCUGGUCAAAUACAAACUGAUGUCGGAUUGUCGUUCAA